AUGGGCUGGAAUAGGAGCAGCGAGGUGAGAACUGGUCAUUCUGUGAAUGAAGCAGAGAGGCAGCAUUUGGCCAGAAGGAGGGAGACCAUUCUGCAGUGCCUGAAGCAGCAUGGUUUAUCCUGCAGUGAGGAUGAGGUGCCUAACAUCGCAGUGCUGGGCUCUGGUGGUGGUUUGAGAGCUAUGGUUGGACUGCUGGGAUUACUGAGUCAGCUGAAAGAAGAUAGACUGCUGGACUGCAUCAUGUACCUGUGUGGAGUUUCAGGAUCUACCUGGUGCAUGGUGUCAUUAUAUAAAGAACCAGACUGGUCCACCAAACUUAAGACUCUAAAAGAUAACAUCGUCCACAGGCUUGUUGAAGGCAAAGUCAGUUGGUGGGAGAGGGCUAAAAAACUAAGAGAAUACAAGAAAAAAGACAACUUCAGCCUGACAGAUAUCUGGGCAGCACUGGUUGUGUCUGACUUGAUGAAAGAGAUCGAUGAACACAAACUUACAGAGCAGAGGAGCAACUAUGCCAAUGACCCGUAUCCCAUUUACACUGCGAUUGACAAGCAGUGUAAACAUGACAACUUGAAUGCAGAUGUCUGGUUUGAGAUCACUCCAGAUGAGUCAGGUUAUUCUCUCACUGGAGCCUUUGUGGAUUCUUCCUGUUUUGGAAGUCAAUUUGAAAAUGGAAAGAAGAUUGAAGACCAGCCUGAGACUGACAUGUUGUACUUACAAGGCCUGUGUGGCAGUGCGCUCGGUGAUAUAGAGUUAUUCAUUUAUGAGAAUUAUAAGGCACUACGGGAGCUGAUCAGAACUGUUGGGGGCAGAGAUGAUUAUACCCAACAGAUAUUUCCCUGA